AUGCUACUGUACCUUCUCACCCAAGAUCCCGAGUGCGGACAAGACUCUGUCCAAAUUGAAGGACGUUAUUGGAAGCUGGCUGCCCAUGACUUGGACGCUCCUGAUGCUGAAGACAUACGAUUCACCUGCGUCUCCUACACAUGGGGUGCGGAAAGAGAGCGCAGUCCAUUUCACCGCGACUACCAGAUUUCCGACCGCACAAUACCAGCAUUGAGUGCCGUUAUUCAGCACCGCCCAUCUUGCACUCGAUUUUGGAUUGAUGCAUUCUGUGUACCUGUCGACGCGCCGGAGAGGAUUCACACCUUGGAGAGCAUGGGAUUUAUCUACUCCCGGGCAGAUGAAGUCAUUGUCGUCCUUUCCACGGCCGCCCGCCCUGUCCUCGAGCAGAUGAGCACUUCCGACCGCGUCGAUUCGGUCUAUCUCGACGUUUUGGAGAAGGAGGAGUGGGUGUCGAGGGCGUGGACGUACCAGGAGGCGGCGAACAGCAAGGUUCUUUCCAUCACUUGCGAGGAAUCCUGCGGGGUCAUCGUCCAAGGCAGUCAUUUCCUGAACUGCCUUGGUUACACCCUCACUCACCUCGACGACUCGGCCUCUGUUGCCAACGAUAAGAGGGAGAGAUACCCACGUCUCGACGCGUUUGAGGAUCUCAUUGCCGAGCACAUGAUUGCCGGGUACCUGGAACGCCCUGCUUUGCAGGUCAUGUCGAACAUGGACCGUCGCACCCAACACCGUGACGAGGACCAUUUCUACGCCAUGAUCGGCGCCAUCAGCACCGCGCGUGCCAGCUCCUGCGCAAACUUGGAUCCUUCCGAGGCAUUCAUGUCCCUUUGCGAGAGGAAGGGUGACUACUCCUUCAUCUAUUCGGUUGCAAAGCGUGACUCGACGCCGUCGAAACGCUGGCGUCCUGUGCCAGGAGAUCUCCCUUCCAUUCUCCCCUGGCAUUAUUAUGGCGAAGGGCAGCCGGCUCACGAGGAGGCCGGCUCGUUAUAUUUGGACCUGAUGCUUCCGCUCGAGAUCUCGCCAAUCAACGAGGACGGAAAGAAGUUUGUGCAACAAUGGCUUGCCUCGAGCAAACUCGGUUCUACUGGGCCCCACGAUUCGCUCCAAGAAUCAGCCUAUGCUGCCCUUCGAACCAUGGGUUUCCAAGGCAGUCCGGAAUGCGUGACCACUACGCACGGCUUCUUUUUUCCCGCCGACACAAUCCCCAUGGAGGAGGAACCCACCAUCUUGGUCGCAACUGGGGUCCGGUGGACUUGCGGUGCCCCAGGCCUUGCUCGCUGCAUCGGAGAUGUAGAAAAGUAUAUCCCUGGGGUGUUUUUCGGCCGCGUCGACGACGCAGCUGCUGUCUCAGUCAAGGUAUCCUGA